AUCCUUCUUGGCGUGAAACAGGAAGCAGGAUCAAUCAAGUCAUAAAUUGCCUUGAAGUUAAAGCAAACACGGAUGGGUGUAUGCAUGCCAGGUUGCGCAUGAGUGAAAAGAAGGUGCUUCAGAUUAGAGCCAUAAGGCAAAGAGGAGGGAAUUUUCCCAGAUGGCUCCUGCAAGACACCUGAACAUGAACGUGCCUGUUUGAUUGUGUGGCUGCAAGUCAGGAAAGACAAGGACUCUCCUGCCUGGAUUUGCAAUCAGAAAAGGAGGAGACUGGGGAAGGGGAGGGGAAGGAGCUGAGAAAAAUCCCCAGGUAUGUUUGGAGAUUAGCACAAAGGCGAGGAACAACUCUACCACUGAGCCAGGCUGAAGCUGAGGGACACAAACUCUUGAGUGUCUUAAAGGCCGUUCUAGAUCUUCCCAGCGGACAAGAUUCAAUACCUGGCAUGGGUCCACGACAUCGGUGAUCCUAGGAAUAUUUAAUUCCACUUCGGCAACAUUGGAAAGCUGUUAUCCAAUUGUUGAUUAUCCAAUUGUUAUCCAAUUGUGGAGGGGUCCGGAGAUGUCGUAGGAAUCUACGUAGCAGUAUAUUGUCCACCUGCUUCAUGGCCUUGUGUGCUUGGCUCCUUCAGCUCAUGAUCCCAAUGGAGAGCAACGCUAAGAGGGGAUCGGGAGGCUUGAACGGCAUGGAGGAAUCACAAGCAGAACCUGCAGGCUUAGAGAAGAAACAUCCUUAGCUAUGGCUGCGGAAGCUGCUUUCAAGACUCCUAGUAAACUAGAAGGAACAAGGAGGAGAUCCGGACAAAGUACUUCUUCAUCUACAAUAUCUAUUCCAGCUUCUCCCUUCAUGCGAAAACUGGGAUAUGGAACUGGUGUCAAUGUUUAUCUUAUGAAACGGUCUCCCAGAGGGAUGUCUUGCUCUCCCUGGGCUGUGAAAAAAAUAAAUACCAAAUGUAAUUCCAGCCAGCAAAUUAUUUAUCAAAAGAGACUGAAUGAAGAAGCUAGUAUUCUACAAAACCUUCAGCACCCAAAUAUUGUGGGGUUUCGUGCAUUUGCUGAAGCCAAGGAUGGAAGUAUGUGUCUUGCUAUGGAAUAUGGUGGGGAGAAGUCCCUGAAUGACUUAAUUGAAGAAAGAAAUGAAAAACACAAGAAACCUUUUCCAGCUGCCACCAUUCUCAAAGUUGCACUGCACAUGGCAAGAGGCUUGAAGUAUCUUCACAAUGACAAGAAAUUGCUUCAUGGUGACAUAAAAUCUUCUAAUGUUGUCAUUAAAGGUGACUUUGAAUCAAUAAAGAUUUGUGAUGUGGGUGUCUCCUUGCCUCUAGAUGAAAAUAUGAUGGUGAGUGAUCCAGAAGCUGAGUACAUUGGCACUGAGCCCUGGAAACCCAAAGAAGCUCUGGAAAAAGAUGGUAUUAUCACCGACAAAGCUGACAUCUUUUCAUUUGGGCUGACUUUGUGGGAGAUGAUGACACUUUCCAUACCUCACCUGAACCUGCUUGGAGAGGAUGAUGAUGAUGCUUCUUUUGAUGAAGCUGACUUUGAUGAUGAUGCCUAUUAUGCAAUGCUUGGAACUCGGCCACCACUCAAUAUGGAAGAGUUGGGCCCUUCAUAUCAAAGAGUUGUUGAGCUUUUCUCCUUGUGUACCAUGGAAGAUCCAAGAAACCGUCCUGCAGCAGCACAAAUUGUGGAUGUUUUGGAGUCGGAAGAGUUCAUACAUUAGCCAACCCAAAUUGACUCCGGCACCAUAUGGCAACUUCUCCAUUCUCUUCUAGAAAUGUUUGUAGGUGCUAACAUAGUUAUGUUACAUGAGAAUAUUCAAUACUUAGGUUCUAGUUCAAAUGUAUUUAAGACUAAGUGGCUAUUUUAAACUAUUUAAAAUUGCCAGAUAAAUUAUGUCAAACAGUACCUUUUAUUUUCUUAUUGAUAAACUGAUGUGAGAAAAUGUAGAUAAGGAUGACUAAUUCAAUAUUAAUAUAAAUGAUUUGGUUGGAAGUGAUCAAGUCCUCCAACCGCUGUUGUGUUCUAGGUAAGUUACAUCAACUGAAUGUUACUCAGACCUAGUAUUCGUAACAUGAGAAUUUGCAAUUCAUUCAGAAAAUGGCUAUACAUGAUGUAAAGGUCAAAUGUUUUUUCCCCCAAAUGCUCAGCAAUAAAUUAGUGCUUUUACCUUUUACCUAUUAGAGUGAUGUUACCUAUUGCCCAAGAUUACUGAAAACUUUUUAAAGUUAUCCUAACCAUUUGCAGCAGUUUUGGUCUGUUGAGUGCCUAAUGAGAAAUAUGCUUGGGGUUAUUUUCUAAGCUCUACAUUUCUUGUGGUAUUUCAGGGACUGCGAUCCAACAAUUAUUUGGAUUGCAUUUCAGAUUCGCUGGCACAGCAGAACAAAACUUGGAAUGCUUUUGUUAACCCAGGUCUCAAACAAAAUUCAGAAGAAUCGGGAGUGAUUUCACAGGGCAAGUAAGACAGUGCUGGUGUCCUGUUCCUAACAAUAUAUUCCUAGUGCCCUUCAUUCCCUUUUUCUUGACUUUUCCUAGCUGCCACCAAUGACCUUAAUUUUUCUCUUAUCUCCCACACCAGACCACUUAUGCCUGGAACAAUGUUUUGGUCUGUAUCCAGAACAAAAACUGUUUCAUUUCAUCCUAUGUAUGAACCAAAGCAUCCAAAAUACAUGUUUUUGUUCAUGUGCAAACCGUAUGAUACUGUAAUACAUAGUUGAGUCAUUCCUUAUAUAAUUCAAAUUCUGUGUAAAGGGCAAAAACAGACUUUAUUGGAAUUACUGAGAAAUUAAGGUAGAGAUAAAUUCUUGAACUAAUGGAAGGUGUUGCCUUUUGUAGUUAUAGCAUACAGAUUCAGAGAUGUUUAUAUAUUUGAAAUAUAGCUGUCAGGGUUCCGACGAAUGCCCUAAUUUGCAAGUACAGUUGCUAUAUAUAGGAACUCGAGUUUCCUUAGUGUAAUGGGAUUUGCAUUGUCUACACUGACAGCAUCAGUUAAUAAACAGUUUGUUUUAACUUGUUUUCUAGAAAAGGGCAUAAUAAAGAAUUGCAAUGUUAGAUCAAAAA